GCAGCUGCCGUCGUUUCACGUCAAAACAAUCCGGAAGAUGAUGCAGCAUGACGGAACUGUUGUUUGGGGCUGAGACCGUUGAAGCUGAAUUGACAACAUGUCUGUGGUUUUAAGGACGGUGGUGGGACUUAACAAUGUUGUUGAGUAGAAGACAAACAUAGAUAGUUGUAUGAAUCUGAAGCCAGUCAAGCGCGGGGUUUGGAUUCAGAGUCCAUGUUAAAAUAUCGUAGCAGUGUUAGCUCAUCGCACACUGGUUCAGAGUCAUCAUGGGCAAUGGAAUGAAUAAGGUUGUCGAUGGGCUCUACCUUGGAAAUAUAAGAGAUGCAGAAAAUAGAGAAAGCCUUUCUAAGAAUGGCAUCACCCACAUCCUGUCCGUGUACAACAAUGCUAAACCUGUGUUUGAGGACAUGACGUAUCUUUGUAUUCAUGCAGCUGAUGCUUCCAGCCAGAACCUAUUACAGCAUUUUAAAGAAUGCAUCAGCUUCAUCCAUGAAUGUCGCCUGAAUGGUGGAUGUUGUCUCGUUCACUGCCUCGCAGGUGUGUCCCGCAGCACUACCAUGGUGGUGGCCUACCUGAUGACUGUCACCCACUACAGCUGGGAUGAGUGUCUGUCUGCAGUCAAGGCUGUUCGCUCCUUUGUCGGCCCAAACUAUGGCUUCCAGCAGCAGCUGCAGGAGUACCAGACGGCACAACUCUCGGAGUACCGAACAUGGUUACGCUCCAGUUUCCGUCCCAGUCCAUUUAAUGACCAGGAGCAGGUGGGUGCCCUGCUGAGCCAGUACACAGAGCAACAGGAGAGCCAGAGGAGAGGAGCAGACCGACGCUGGGCCAAUCAGGAUGGAGGCGUCUCUGCUCGGCUGUCAGACCCGGCUGAUCCUGAAAGCAGCAGCUGAAACAUGGGCCGCUGAUCAUGCUAAAGUCCUGCCCAAGGCUGUCUGUAAAUGGCAGUACCUAUCAUUCUGUACUCGAUUCCAAAUCAACCCCAAGUUGUAUCCAACUUUAAGGCCUUUGUACAACUCUGAAAGCAUAAGAUGAAAUAUCUUUCAUACUUUAAUUACAGCUGUCAAAUCAUUUUAAUCUAUGGAGGUUGAUUUAGAAUUGGGCCACAGACUCUUAUCAACUACCAGUACCUUUCUUGCUCAUUUCACUGAGUACAGCCACAAUCGGGGUAUCGGUGCUCUCAGACGCCUUACUUCUAAAUACUUCAGCACCUUAGCCAUGAUGAAUAAACUACACUCCCAUGUGGACUCUUUACAUUGUCCAGCUUGGUAGCCUUAAAUAAGUGACUGAUUAUGCUGCCAUGAAGGAACAUUUUGUCUCCAAUUUGGUGCCAAUUAUUCUAAGCAGUUAUUCUGACAUGUACCAGUUUGUGUCCAGACUCUUAAUGGUACACUCUCUGAUCAACACUGGAGCUGGGGAAGUUGGCAUAGUUGCCGGGCUGACAGCAUACAAUUUGUUAUGUGCAUCCUAUGGAAAGCAAGCACUGCUGCUUGCCUGUCAUAUGUGUAAACACUAUUGACUUUGCAAUUACCAGUAAAACACACAGUAAACAAAUAAUGGUCAUGGUGUUGUUCACAAAUACGCUUGCUGCUUCAUGCAACUAGGAGUAACAUCUGGAGUAAGUUUCCAAAUUGGUAAAAUGUUCCUUUAAAUAAUACAUAGGUUGAGAUGGAAAGCUACAUAAAGCGUUGCUGAAUUAAACUACAACUACAUAUAUAUAUAACUAUAAUGCGAAAGUCUUCCUGAUUUUACUGAAUCUCUGAUUUAUCUUUUUAUUGUGACAAAGCUGAUUUAUACAUUAUGGGUGUUAUAGAUGAAUGGCUAUAGCCAAUUCUUUUAACUGUAUUCAUGGUGUUUUUGUUUGUUUUAUACUAAAAUGAAGUGGAAAUGCUAAUAAAUCUGUACUAUC